UAGAGCUACGUGGAUAUAACCUAGUAGCUGAUUUCAGCAUUCGAUAAGAUAAAAUUGAGGAAAAUCAACAUAGUAGACGAAUUUUUGUUAGAAAAAUUAAUUUACCACCAACAUGCUGGAACCAACGAAACAGAUUCUACAAGCCGGGCGUAUUAUUCUAGCCAGCGGCUCUCCAAGGCGGAAAGAGAUAAUCGAGAAUUUGGGAUUAAGACCAGAGGUCGUUCCUUCGACGUACGAUGAAAAUUUAGAUAGAGCAAAGUACAAAUCGCACGGUGACUACGUCAAGGAUUUAGCCUAUUUUAAGGUGAUCGAAGUUUACGAGAGACUCAAGGACGACGAGGUACAACCUAAACUCGUUAUCGGUGCCGACACAAUCGUCACCAUGGACGAGGUUAUCUAUGGGAAACCAAAGGAUUCAAAUGAAGCAAUUAAAAUGCUGUCGAUCCUGGCUGGAAAAACGCACACGGUUUACACGGGUGUUUGUUUAAAAACUAACAGCGAUGAGGUGAAAUUUUACGAAAAGACUGAUGUGACAUUCGGCGGUAUUACACAGGCCCAAAUCGAAGCAUACGUCAAGACCGGGGAACCCUUGGAUAAAGCUGGGGGAUAUGGGAUUCAAGGCUUCGGUGGCUGUCUUGUUGAGAAGAUAAACGGGGAUUUUUUUACCGUAAUGGGGCUUCCCGUUUACAUGCUGACGAAGAAUUUAAACGAACUUUACAACUGAAAUUAUUCUUAUGUUUCUUGAUAUUGGAAACAGAGGGAGAAAGAAAAGAUAAUUUUUUUUAAAAGCGUC